AUGCCCGCCGACUUUGAAAAGCAGAGCUACUGGCAGAAGCGCUUCGCCCGGGAGACGGCCUUUGAGUGGCUCGUCUCCUCCGCGACGUUCCUGAGCCUCCUCGACCCCCUGCUCUCCCAGUUUGCAGAACCCUCCGAGAUCCGCGUCCUGCACCUCGGCGGCGGGACGAGCGACCUGCACUGCCACCUCCGCCUCCGGGGCUUCGAGGACGUGACCAACGUGGACUACGAACCGCUGGCCGCCGAGCGCGGGCGCGCCCUCGAGCAGCGCCAGUUCGGCGACGUGCGCAUGAGCUACCUGACCGGCGACGCGACGCAGCUCGACCUGCGGGACGACUCGGCCAGGUUCGACCUCGUGAUCGACAAGAGCGCCGCCGACGCCAUCUCGUGCGGCGGCGAGAGCAUGGUCGUGCGCAUGGCGCUCGGCGUCAAGCGGUACCUGGCCGAGGGCGGCGUCUGGGUGUCGUUGAGCUACUCCGGCUCGCGGUUCGACAUCGUCGAGUUUCCGCUCCGGGUAGAAGAGUUGGGACGGAUCCCGAUGCCGAAGCGUUUGGAGUCGGAACCGGAUCUAUUUUACCACUGCUAUCUGUUGAGGAGGAAAGGCUGA